UGCUGCGCGCUGCGGGUCGCGUCGGAAGGCUGCCGCCACGACACUCCCUCCCGGAGCUCGGCUUUGAUCGGGCUCAAGCCUUCCCCCCCUCCCCGGAACCCAAGCCUCCGCGGCUGUCACCGUUUAAAGUUGAGGUUUGGUCCAAUAUGGCGGCAGACGGAUGGAAAUACUGAUGACAGUCCGAAAGAUCGCCUCGAUUUGUACGAUGGGCGCCAAUGCCUCUGCUCUGGAGAAAGAGAUUGGACCGGAACAGUUUCCUGUGAACGAACACUACUUUGGGCUGGUCAAUUUUGGGAACACAUGCUACUGCAAUUCAGUGCUGCAGGCGUUGUAUUUCUGCCGGCCGUUCCGGGAGAAGGUGCUGGCCUACAAGGCCCAGCCGCGGCGGAAGGAGAGCCUGCUCACUUGCCUGGCUGACCUGUUCAACAGCAUUGCUACUCAGAAGAAGAAGGUGGGCGUGAUCCCACCCAAGAAGUUCAUCUCCAGGCUGAGGAAGGAGAACGAGCUUUUCGACAACUACAUGCAGCAGGACGCCCAUGAAUUCCUUAACUAUCUACUGAACACCAUCGCUGACCUGCUGCAGGAGGAGCGGGGCCAGGAGCGGCAGCAGAAUGGCCGGCUAGUGCAGAAUGGCGGCGGGCCGGCAGGGCCCACCGCUACAGAGGGGGAGGAUGUCCAUAAGGCGCCGCAGCAGACCUGGGUCCACGAGAUCUUUCAGGGCACGCUGACCAAUGAGACGCGUUGUCUCAACUGUGAGGCGGUCAGCAGCAAGGAUGAGGAUUUCCUGGACCUGUCGGUUGAUGUGGAGCAGAACACGUCCAUCACACACUGCCUCAGGGGGUUCAGCGACACAGAGACGCUGUGCAGCGAGUACAAAUACUACUGUGAGCAGUGUCGCAGCAAACAGGAGGCGCAGAAGAGGAUGAGGGUGAAGAAGCUGCCCAUGAUCUUGGCCCUGCACCUGAAGCGCUUCAAAUACAUGGAACAGCUGCACCGCUACACCAAGCUGUCGUACCGCGUGGUCUUCCCACUGGAGCUCCGUCUCUUCAACACCUCCGGCGACGCCACCAACCCAGACCGCAUGUACGACCUGGUAGCCGUGGUGGUGCACUGUGGCAGCGGGCCGAAUCGAGGGCACUACAUCACCAUCGUGAAGAGUCACGGCUUCUGGCUGCUGUUUGAUGACGACAUUGUGGAGAAGAUCGACGCCCAAGCAAUUGAAGAGUUCUAUGGCCUGACGUCGGACAUCUCCAAGAAUUCAGAAUCGGGAUACAUUCUUUUCUACCAGUCCAGAGACUGAGCCGCUGGAAAUGUCCGAGGGGACUGUCACACGGGCGAGGCGGCGUUCGAGUCGCACAGACCCCUUCCAUUAAGGCUUUCUCUUGUUUUUCCUUUUUUUUUUGUGGCACACCACACUGGAGCGAACGGCGGACCCUCAGGCAGAAGCAAACGAUGGCCGACCCAACAUGGAGCAGUGGCUUUCCUCAAUUGUUGCCUCUGUUCAUCUUGGGGGGAGGGGGGAUUGUGGAAAGGGCUGCCUCGUGUAACCAUCUUGGAAAUAAGGGGGGGGAGGGUUAAAUGGACAGCCAUGUUUAUUGUGGGCAAUGGUGCAACCCGGUGGUAGCUUGACCUCUGAAUGGCCGUGGGAGAUGCAAACCUUUUAUCAGUUAUCAGCGGUAAUAUGGUUAUAUUUAAGGAGAACGACGUCCAUGUACAUGCUGGCAUUCGUAUGUGCAUAUGUAUAUGCGCACGCAUUCAGAUAUGCAUGCUUGCAUACUUACACACAUAUGUCUGCUUUUGUCUGUUGUUACUAAGGUAACCAAGACAUCUAAGGGGUGUCUAAUGCUCUCUUGAUAUUGUCCCUGCCUGGGUGGCGACAGCCACACUGGAUGCCGCCUUACCGGGCCUCCCUGUCCCGUGCGUCUUGUGCCCCCACUUUGCUGUGGCUGUGGACUCCCCCAACUCGCAGCGGCGCUCUUGGUUGGGAGGCAGAGUCAUGCGGUUUGCGGUGCUGUUGUAGGUGGAGGGGUGCAGCGGGGAUUGGAAACGCUUGCAAAUCUGGCAGAAGCUUCAGGGCUUCAUGAGUGUGAAACAGUCCGGGUCAGCAGUGACUGUUCCGCUUUCUUCGCCUACCGCUCCCCCGCCUGCAUUUCUAAGCCCCGCCACCAGGGGGUGCUCUGCUUUAUUCUGUGACACACAUACUUACACAAGCCAGGUUUGUCCAAGUUGUAUUUCCUGAGUUGAUGGAAUGCUGCUGCUGCUGUUUGUAAGGUUUGUUUUCCUGAAUUUGUAAUAAGUUAUGCUAGCCCUGUCUAAUAUCUUAAAAAUGAAUAACAUUUACAUGCACCUACUGGGUACAUGGUGACUCUUAGGUUGUCCUUUGUAAUGCUUUGCUUUCCUAUUUAAUUAUUAACUUCCUCCUUUGCAGUGAGGUGUCAGUGAAUCGGUCAGUGAGUGUGUGUGUGUGUGAGUAUCAUACCCCGUGUCUGCCGUUGCCGUGUGCAGCUUAAGGCCACAUCUGGUCCAUAAAAGCCGCCAAGUCCCUCCCUCUCAAGUGGAUUCGGAAAUGGAUUGUGACGGUGCAACCAAGCGAUCGCCCUGCGUUCAUUAAAAAUAACCUCUGGAGUGGACCGGGUCGGCGCCCAACCCGUGAGAUAUACCACAUUCUUAGAAGUAUGCUUUUCAUUGGGGGGGGGGGGGAAUACAUGGGCGAUACGCAGGGUUUCCCUUGCCAGGGCUAAAGGGCAGAAGCGCACCCAGAGCAUCUCCAAUAAACACUGUAGUUUCUACCCA